AUGUUCAUGGCCUAUCCAAGUAAUUCUUCCUGUAAUCAUUUGCGAUCAUCCCACCAACUCAAGAACACAGUUACUUCCAAGGGACCUGCUGUUUUCAGUGAGGCUGCAGCCCGCUCUGCACCACUACCAGCCAUGGGACUUCUGGAGCUGUGCGAGGAAGUAUUCGGAACCACCGACCUAUACCGAGUGUUGGGCGUGCGACGCGAGGCCUCAGACGGCGAGGUCCGACGUGGUUACCACAAAGUGUCCCUGCAGGUGCACCCGGACCGGGUGGGCGAGGGCGACAAGCAGGACGCCACUCGCCGCUUCCAGAUCCUCGGGAAGGUCUAUUCUGUUCUGAGUGACAAAGAUCAGAGGGCAGUGUACGAUGAGCAGGGAACAGUGGACGAGGAUUCUGAUGUGCUCAGCCAAGAUCGGGACUGGGAGACCUAUUGGAGAUUACUCUUUAAAAAGAUAUCUCUAGAGGACAUUCAAGCUUUUGAAAAGACAUACAAAGGUUCUGAAGAAGAGCUGGCUGACGUUAAACAGGCCUAUCUAGACUUCAAGGGUGACAUGGAUCAGAUUAUGGAGUCUGUGCUGUGUGUGCAAUACACAGAAGAACCCAGAAUAAGGAAUAUUAUACAACAAGCUAUUGAUGCUGGAGAGGUCCCAUCCUAUAAUGCCUUUGUCAAAGAAUCGAAGCAAAAAAUGAAUGCAAGGAAAAGAAGGGCUCAGGAGGAGGCUAAAGAAGCAGAAAUGAGUAGGAAGGAGUUGGGGCUUGAUGAAGGAGUGGAUAGCUUGAAAGCAGUCAUUCAGAGCAGACAAAAGGAUCGGCAAAAGGAAAUGGACAAUUUUCUGGCUCAGAUGGAAGCAAAGUACUGCAAACCUUCCAAACGAGGACAGAAAAAAACGACUCUCAAGAAAGAAAAGAAAUAAUGGAAUUUUCUCUUCAAAGGCCUUAGGUGUUAAUUGGUGCCAUUGUAGGCAAGGUACAGUCAAGAUUUGAAGACAAGUGUCAACCAAACCCUUGAGAGAAGUUGUCUUUCAGGCCUGAAUUAUUCAGAUUGACUACAUAAACCAAGCGGAAUCCUCUCAAACUGAUCUUAGAAUAUCCUAGAAAUACCCUGUAAUUCUGGGAGGUCUUUGUAUGAAAGAAUUUGGUGGUGAUCAUGAGGGAACAGGAGGGUGGUGUACUUCCUGACAGUACUUUUCUAUGGGUCUUCUGUACAAGGCAUUAUCCAGAAUGCCUCCCACCUUCAGCACUUAUCAUUUUACCACAUGGGAGUGAGCCGCAGAGUACUGAGUGAUGUGUGUUUAUUAGAACAGAUAAUCUCUUAGCUGGCAGGCCUUCAGUAUGGUUGCUGGAUAUCUGUCUUCCAAGUCCUUGCCAGUUUGCUUUAGCCUUAUCUCGCAUAGACUCUCUUUUUCUCAACCAAGUUUUAUACUCGGCUUGACAUAUCUGGGAGAAACGGGUUAUUCACAUUACUUCAGGCAUCUUUGUAAGACUUAUAAAUGAUUAAAUAAACAAGUAAAAAAUGA